GAAAUACUCAAGAUCUUGUAAGAAAGAGGGGCAGACUUUAAUAGAUGUGAUGAUGAAAGUGCGUCACCCGUAAUGAAGGCUUGUGAACAUGGUCAUACAGAAAUAGUAAAGAUCUUGUUAGAAAGAGGAGCAGACUUUAAUAGAUACGAUUAUGAUAGCCAAUCACCUUUAAUGAAAGCCUGUGAAUACGGUCAUGCAGAAAUAGUAAAAAUUUUGUUAGAAAGAGGAGCAGACUGUAAUAAAACAGAUGAUUAUAGCCAGUCACCUUUAUUGAAAGCUUGUGUACAUGAUCAUGCUGAUAGUACAGAUAUUGUUAAGCAGGGGAGUAGACUUUAUUACAUAUGAUGAAAGCGAGUCACCUAUAAUGGAGGCUUGUGAGCGUGGUUAUACAAAAAUUGUACGGAUUUUUUUAGACACAGGAGCAGACUGUAAUGUGCGUGAUAGGAAGUCACCUGUUAUAAAGGCUUGUGAGCAUGGUCAUACAGAAAUUAUAAAGUUACUGUUGGAUAGAGGAGCGGACUUUAUUAGAUGUGAUAACUUGGCCCAGUCACCAUUACUGAAGGCCUGUGUACUUGGUCAUACAGAAAUAGUAAAAACAUUGGUAGACAAAAGAGCUGACUGUAGCGAAUGUGAUACUAGUAUAUGGGGACAGUCACCUUUGAUGGUGGCGUGUGAAUAUGGUCAUACGCAAAUAGCAAAAAUGUUGUUAAAAGGAGGAGCAGACUAUAAUAAAUAUGAUGAUUAUGGUCAGUCACUUGUAAUGAAAGCCUGUAAAAAUGGGCAUACAAAAAUAGUGAAGAUGUUGUUAGACAGUGGAGCAGACAGUCAACGAUGCAAUUUAUAUGGCGAGUCACCUGUAAUGACAGCUUGCAAAAAUGGUCAUACAGAAAUAUUGAAUAUGAUGUUGGACAAAAGAGCAGACUAUACUAAGUGCGAUAAUGACGGCGAGUCACCUUUAAUGAAGGAUUGUGAAUAUGGUCAUACAGAAAUAGUAAAGAUGUUGUUGGACAGAGGAGCAGACUUUAAUAAAUGCGAUGAUGAUAAUAAGUCACCUAUAAGGAAAGCGCUUGAACAUGGUCAUACCGAAAUAGUGAAGAUGUUGGUAGAUAGAGGAGCAGACUAUAAUAAAUGUAACAGUUCGAUAGAGCCAACUUUAGUGAAAGCUUGUGAAUGUGGUGAAAUAGAAGUAGCCAAAAUGUUGUUAGACAAAGGAGCCGACUAUGACAAAUGUGACAGGUUGGGCCAAUCUCCUAUAAUGAUCGCCUAUGAGCAAGGCCACACAGAAUCAUUUAUGAUGUUAUUGGACAGAGGAGCUGACCAUAAUAUAUGGGACGAUGAUGGUGAGUCUAUCUUACUUAAGGCAUGUGUCAGAUAGAAAUAGUUAUGAUGUUGUUAGACAGAGGAGCAGAUUGUGAUGGAUGUAAUAUGUGGGCUGAGUCACCUAUACUAAAGGCCUGUGAAAAUGGUCAUUCAGACAUAGUAAAAAUAUUGUUAGACAAAGGAGCAGACUGUAAUGAAUGAUACAGUGGCGGUAA